GUGAAUGUAGUUGCGCACACACACACAUCACCCCUCCUCUUGCGCUCACUUCAGUUCCAGCCAAAAAGGAAAAGGGUCCCGUACAUUUCGCGUGGCUUGUUUACUUUCCUUCUCAUUACAUUUAGCCCAUAUCUUCAGAAGUAGCACCUUUGAAAGCUGAAAGGAUGUCAUUGUACCCAUCCCUAGAGGACCUUAAAGUGGACAAGGUCAUUAAGGCACAAUCCCAGUUUGCUAAUGCCACCUCUAGUACCCCAGCCAUCACUCAGGGGGUCUACCAGCCACAGCCUGCUACACUGGGGAUGCCAAGCUCAAGUCUUUAUCCAAAUCUUGAGGAGCUGGGCGAUUACAUGGGCCUUGCCCUGAACAGUGAUGAAGUUCAGAGAAAUGUUGCACUGGUCCCAGUGACUGAUAAUCAAGUGGCAGUGCCAAUGGGCAUUGGCGGCAUGGUGCGGCCCGUCACUGGUGCCGACAUAGGCAUCAAGAGGGCAGAGAUCCGUCCGGGUCUGCGGGAGGUCAUCCUCUGCAAAGACCAGGAUGGAAAGGUCGGCCUCCGUCUCAGAGAUAUCGAUAAUGGAGUGUUUGUCCAGCUGGUGCAGGUGAACUCCCCUGCGGCAUUGGCUGGCCUGCGUUUUGGAGAUCAAGUUCUGCAGAUCAAUGGGCAGAAUUGCGCCGGCUGGAACUCGGACAAGGCCCACAAAGCUCUGAAGGCAGCAGGUGAUCAACGCAUUGAGCUCAUCGUCCGUGACAGACCGUUCCAGCGUACAAUCACAAUGCAUAAGGACAGCUCCGGCCAUGUGGGCUUUAUCUUCAAAUCUGGACGGAUUACGUCUCUAGUGAAGGAUGGUUCUGCUGCCCGUAAUGGCAUGCUCACUGAUCACUACAUCUGUGAGAUCAACGGCCAGAAUGUCAUUGGACUUAAGGACACUCAGAUUAAGGACAUCCUGACCACAUCUCCCACUGCCAUGACCAUCACCAUCAUGCCUAAGUUCAUCUAUGAGCACAUCAUUAAGAAGAUGUCAAGCGGCCUGCUGAAAUCAUCAAUGGAUCACUCUGUGCCUGAGGUGUGAACAUAGGAGACUGACCAUGCACAUCUUUCUACAAUGCCUACAAUCUCCAACCUUUCCAUUGGAGCCUUUCACCACAUGCGUUGUCUAUCAUUGAUUGGAUAAACCUCCUCAAACAUGUUCCUUUAUAACAUGUAAAAAAAUUCUUAUUUCACUUGUUCAAUGUUAUUGUUCACCUUCUAGUUCUUGUUUCUGUCAUUGUUGCCAUUGUUUAAUUGGUGUCAUAUUACAUGUUGUAUAGUAAUAAUCCAUUGUCAUUAUUGAGUAUUAUUAUCCAAUUGUUUUACUUUGGAUGGGGGGCAAGGGGUUGAGAACCAAGCUACUGUUUUAAAAAGCAUUAGCCUAAAUACUCCCAACUUUCGAAAUCCUCCAACUAUGCACAAACACCCUUAUUUUUAUUUUUCCAAAAUUCAAUAGAAGCAUAUAAAUGUCAAGACAGCUGUACUCUGCCAGAAUGUAUCCUGGGCCAGAAUUUUGUAAUGCAACUCAUUUGUUAUUGAUUUUAAGCAUAUGUUUUUAGGUGAUUAAUCUUUGAUAAUAUUCUAUGCCAUUAUCCUGUAAAUGUUAGUAUCUCUAAAAUUUAUAUACCAAUGUAACCUUAAGAUUGAAUUUAUUACAAAAAUAAAUAAGCAUCCUGGUAAUACCAUGAGAAAUGA